AUGGUGGCACUGGAGCUUGUCCGGCGGAGGCGCGAGGCGAGAGAAGCGGCUGCAAAGGUGGCCGCCCUGUCGAGCCUCCUGGAGAAAGAGCAUGCCACCGUCCGACAGUUGCACCAUGAUGCAGAGGCACUCGCCAGCAGCGGCGCAAGGGUACCAGAUGGUGCCGUAUCGGAGACGCCUGGGGUGCAGCCGGAGGCAGGAGAACCGGAAGCUGCGCAAACGGUUGACGAACAGGAAGCUGCAGAAGUCGAGGAGGAGAGAAAGGCCAUGGAGAAGGCGAUAGAAGACGCCGUUGCAGAGCAGAAGAAGCGUGAGGAGGCGGAACAAGAUAAGAAAGCGCUCGGAGUUUCAAUUCAGCGGGUCGCGGAGCUAGAGGCUCGAGCUAUCUCUCUCACGGAGGAGUUGGCGACAGCUAAACAACAGGCGGCGGAUGCUCGUGCGGCGGCACACAGGGCAGAGAAGCAUAUACUAGCGCCCUCUGUCGCCGCCGCGCCGUUGGUUGCCGGCACGACGACAACGCCCACUGUGGCGGUAACUGCGACGGCGUCACUGACGACCUCGGCCGUGGCGGGUGUCGGUGCAGCUGGGCUAGGUGCGGAGGAAUCGGCGGCUUCUUCGGCAGAGGCCGCGGUUGUGGCUGGAGGCGCGAGCAUUGCGACCCCUGUUGGUGUCGGUGUUGGUCUGAAGAUUGAGAAGGAGCCAAGCUCGGAGGCUCUCAGGCUGGAGGAGCUCAAGGCGGAGCUUCAGGCCACGACGGCUGCGAAGAAGAAGGCAUGCUGUGAAGCAAUUGCCAACAAUGUCCAACAAAGUUUGAACCAUCAUCCUGUGUCGGCCAAGGCCGAAAUCAAGGGAUGGCUGAAAGACUUCGAAGAAAGGGAGGGCAGGCCGGCCGGCAACGAAGAAAAGGGGGCAAUCCGGGAUAAGUUUGUCGAGCACAAAAAGAUGGAGAAAGCGUUAGCCAAGCUCGCGGAAGACAUUCAGGCACUGGAGGCCGAAAUCGAGAAAAAUGAUAAUCUUGCGGCAGAGGGCGGCGGAGGAGCAAUGCCCAUGCCCAACACACCUGCCACUCCCGCUAUGGCCGGCUUCGGCGGUGGGCACGCUGCCGGAACCGGCUUCGGGGACACAUCGACGCCGGCCGUCGACGCCGCCGCAGCCACAGCUAUGCUCGAAAAGCUCCGCGAAGAGAAUGCCUCGCUGACGGUAAAGCUGGAGGAGUCCGAGAGGAGGAAAGCACAGCUCAAGACGGCGUUAGGAGAGCUCAACAACACAACCGUCAAGAUGCUGGGCAAGGCGAAUUACAGCGCGACUGCGUUGGAACCGCCAUCCCCCUCCUCGGACCCAGCGUCGGUGGUUCCCUUUCAGCAGAAGGAGAACGGGCAAUCAGCCCAGCAGACAAUCUCAAGACUCGAAAAAGACAGGGCCUUGGCGGCGGAAGAUACGGGCAUCAGGGAGGCGGAGUUGGAGGAGAGCUUACGGGUCGCCCAGCAGGCGAGAGGGAGGGCGCGGCUGUGUUCAGUCACGCACUAUGUGCUCAACGGGGAAGAGCUCAAGGCCUGUCAACUCGUUGUGGACGAGGCCUCCGAAGCGGCGCGGCUUCGAGAGCAGGCGAGCAAUCACUGCCUACUGCGCGUGGCAGAAGACAGGCUAGUGGUGCGGUCUCUGAAAGAAGAACUUUCAAAGGCAACAGCUCUCUCCGCUGCUGGUGCUACUGUCGCCAGUGCCGCCGAUUCCGCACGAUCUGCAGCGCCACCAUCGCCAAUGCCGGAUGCCCUCGAAACCACAAAGAUCACCGUCUUUGGCGCAAGCGCCGUCGGAGCCGCAGCUGCCGCCGUUGCCGCCACUGACACCAUCUCCGACCCGAAGCAAGUUAUCGAUCGUAGUGGUAGUGUCAAAGCAUGGGUCGGCGAAGUCGGCGAUGGCGGCGAUGGCCGUUCUUCGGCGGAGUGGAAAGCCCGGGAGCUCGAAAACGCGGAGAAGGAGCUGCAGAACCUGAGGGAGAGGGAGCAGGACGCGAAAGGCGAGGCCGAGAGGAUGGCCGAUGAGCUACAGCGAGCGAGGCAGGAGAAACAGCGGAAGCGAGAGGCCGGCCUCGUCUCAGCAGUCGCCUUGUUAGAAAAGGAGAAGGAAGCCUUAUCCCGAGGAAUGGAAAUGGCGCAAGAAAGGGCUGCACUUGCGACGGAACUCGUGGCCGCACACGCGGAAGAGGCCGCCAAAGCCCGACAGGAAUCGGCCUUGAACGCUGCCAAGUUCAGGCGAGCCAGCCGAGACGCCGGGCAGGCCUCUGCCGCCCCAACAACGGGGGCCCUGGCAAAACCGCAGCGGGCGCCGGGGGGGCGACCGCCAACUGCGUCAGGAAACCGGUGCGUCGCACCGUGGCCUGGGACGCAAGAGGCGAAACAUGCUACCGUACUUUCCUUGAGAGAAAUGCGUCGAGUACUGAUGCUAACUAUUCAUCCGGGAAACAAAGUGAUGGACAGGAAAGAUACAGCUUGGAAAUCGCUCGGGAAUGCACAGAAGGCCGACAUGGUCGGUGCGGUGCGGAAGGACCACGAAUACUGGUGUUAUGCCUCAUUCAUAUCCUGGCCCAACUCGGCGAAAAACCUGUCUCGAAGGCGGACCGCGGAGCAGCUGCGACUGGCUGCCGCAACUCUCGUCCACGCCAUUAAGGAGGGCACCGAGCUCUGGAAGAGGGAGCGCCGGGAGGAGUGCCACGCCCUGUACGUCAAGGCCGGUGGCCGCGCGGUGUCCCAGAUGCCUCCGGGGCAGGCCGUGGACGACCUUCGCGUUGCUAUAGCAGCGGCCAAGGGCCUCAACCCAGCCAAGGCGGCGAUAGCGCUCCGCAAAGCGUUCGACACGGUCAUUGAAGCGGCGAUGGUUGCCAAGGGGACCCUCGAGCAACAGCGGAACGAAGCACGCAGAUCCGGCUCAAGCAGCAAUCGGAACAGCGCAUCUUCGGCAACGGGGAGGCGCGGGCGCGGCAGCCGAGGUGGAGCAUCGUCCCUUUCCUCCGCCUCCGCCUCCGGAAGUGUUUCGCCUGCGAGAAACGCCGCUGCUACCACCGCUGCCGGGAACACGACUGCCGAUAUGGUAGAAAACGCCGCCGCCAUCGCGAACGCGCUCGCUGCCUCCGUUUCCUCCGCCGACGAAGGCGACGAGAACGCGGCAAAGCAGGAUGGCAGCGCGACCAAGGUGGCGUCCCUGCAGCGGCAGCUCGAAGCGCUGUCGGCGAGGCAGGAGGAGUCGGCGGCAGCGGCGGUGGCGGCCGCGGCUUUGUCCGGAGGCGGGUUCUCGGACGACGAUGACGAUGACGACGACGACGACGACGGCGGAGACGGAGAGGGAGAAGGAAAGGCCAAGGGGAGUGCGUCUUUGUUGGAAGUUGCCACGCGGAGGUGCACGGAGAUGGAAGACAAGAUCGAUGGCCUGGAGGACGGCGUCGACUAUUCCCUUUUCGCAGUGGAGUGCAAAGCUUUACGCGAAGCGCUUGCCGAGAAGCCGCCAGCCGGAGGAAGCGACGGUAUUGGCAGCAAAGCGCCACAAGGUGGAAGCAGUGGCGUGUCGUCUGCCCGAGCUCGGGCUGAUGCGCUAAGGAUCAAAUCCUUGGAGCAGAAGAACAAAGAUGGUGUUGACCGGGUCACGAAACUUGAGGCGCAAGUGGUCAAGCUUAAAGCUGCUUCGAACGCAGCGAAUGGCAAGGCGUCCAAAGCGGAAGCCCAGGCCGCAGAGGCAAAGGUCAAAGCUAUGGAGGCCAAGAUGAAGAAGGAAACUGAGGUGCGUUUGAUGCAAAGAGCAAUGUGCCUGGCGAUGUGCCUGGCGCUGGUAUUUGAAAUGAACCCUGGGAACAACAACGGGGCUCGUGCAUAAACAGAGGACCCUAGACGCCGCACAUAUCUCGUGAUGCAGAGUAUCGAAGGCUGUUGAAAUCAUGUUCCAACGAAGAAUAGAAGCCAACACCGACACCCUUGAUAGCGGGAAGGUUGAGUUUAGACAAAAAUGGGAGUUGUGUGGAAAAGAAGGUUUCGUCCUCGACAGACGUUGGGGAGUUUCAACCUUUAUGAAGGUGGUCUCCACAUUACCCCCCCCUUUUUCGAGGCUCCUUCUUGUUUGCCAGGCAAGAGAAAUCUUCUUGGGGUAACCGGAACCCGACCGGCUAGCGGCGAGUAGAACCACCUUUUUUCCAACAAUCUUCUGUGCGCUUGUUCGGGUGCGCCACUUCCGCCACGCAUUGCCAGAAGUUUCGACUUCGAUAGACAGUGCAUCGUUUCUUGGCCCACCCACCGUUUUUCUUUUUCCGUACUCCGGAAGAAAAUUUGGUGAGCAGCGGGUUUUGAACCCGUGUCUUUUGCAACCAAAAGCAGGCACACUGACAUCUCUUCGUCGACGCCAUUGUGGAAAAGAGGGUUU